UAAACUUUACCACCUCCAGAGAAGCAGGUCAGCCAAACUAACUGUAACUAUCGGAAUACGGCGCGGUGGGAAUCCCUUUUACCAGCACGGAUAGUCUAGUCCAGCUCGGCCGCGGCUCCGGCGGGGACAGACGGCUGGAGUUUCAGUCUGAAUGUGUGAACGGUGUUGUUUCCGGCCGCGCCGCGCUGCGGCGGCUAGCGGCUAGCCCCGCUAGUUAGCCCUGGUGGAUCAGGACCAGAUCAACCCGCUCCUGCUGCUGACAACACAGCCCGGCACCAGCACCAGCCCCGGACUGAGCUCAGGGAGAUCACCAGAUGGGAACAUGGUAUUUUUACUCGGUUGGACUACUCAUCACGCCUUUGAAAAUGACGGAGUACUUUUCCUCUUAGCACCAUGCGCGUCAUUAAAUCAGAUCUGGUCUGCUGCAGAGAUUUAAUGUCCUCGCAUUUGGAUUCAGCAGGCAGUUUGUAAAAGAUCAUCAGUCACCGCUGGAUACAGUCUUAUACUUCCCCCUCCCUCCCUCUCUCUCUUUUUUUCUUUUUCUCCACGUAUUUCCGGGGAAACAUGAGCUAUGUGUCUGUGCCGGUUUGACAUGCUCAGAUCCAUAUAAACACUAGCGUGAUUUCGUGUUGAGGAAGCCCAAAGAAGGACAUCCAGGACAGGAUAGCCUCAGAGAAACCCUUCCAAAGAAACAUGGCCUCGGUGUGGAAGAGACUGCAGCGAGUGGGGAAGCAUGCCUCCAAAUUCCAGUUUGUGGCUUCCUAUCAAGAACUAAUGGUAGAAUGCACAAAGAAAUGGCAACCUGACAAACUGGUGGUGGUUUGGACACGCAGAAGUCGGCGGAAAUCCUCUAAGUCUCACAGCUGGCAGCCUGGCAUCAAAAACCCUUACAGAGGAGUUGUAGUGUGGCCCGUACCGGAGAACAUUGAGAUCACCGUCACUCUUUUUAAGGACCCCCAUGCAGAGGAAUUUGAGGACAAAGAAUGGACAUUCGUCAUUGAAAAUGAAUCUCCGUCAGGCCGGAGGAAGGCCUUAGCCACCAGCAGUAUAAACAUGAAACAGUAUGCCAGUCCAAUGCCGACACAGACGGAUGUCAAACUCAAGUUUAAACCGCUUUCAAAGAAGGUGGUGUCAGCCACGCUGCAGUUCUCGCUCUCUUGCAUCUUCCUCCGGGAGGGAAAGGCCACCGAUGAGGAUAUGCAGAGCCUCGCCAGCCUGAUGAGCAUGAAGCAGGCAGACAUUGGUAACCUGGACGACUUUGAGGAGGAGAACGAGGAGGAUGAGGAGAACCGGGUUAACCAAGAGGAGAAGGCUGCCAAAAUCACAGAGAUAGUAAACCAGUUGAAUGCCCUCAGCUGCUUACAUGGGGAUGAUGAUGAUGAUGAUGGUGGUGUUCACAAGCGAGCACGUAAAGCAACAGCUAAGCCUGCUGCUUCCUCCCAAGAGCUGAUUAACAAGCUGAACUUCUUGGAGGACGAGGAUCAGGAAACUGGUACUGCCAUGAGCACCAAUCCCUUUGACGAGCCUGAUGAUGACCUUCUUCCCAACCACUUCAACCCAUUUGGAGAUCCAGAGGAGGAAGAGCGCCCUUCCCAACCAGCCUCCCAGCAGCGAGAUGAGGAGGAUUCCUUCUACGACCAUGACUCCACAAAUCCAUUCGAUGAGCCGGAAGAGACGGAGACACAUUCCUCCCCAGGAAACCCCUUCGACGAGCCCGACCAGGACGUGGAGCUCCAACCAGACCCAGGACCAGAACCCCCCAAGCCCAAGCAGAGGAAAGGUGUACGGCCGGUGGACAUGAGCAAAUACCUGUAUGCACCCAACAAUGAGGAGGAGGAGCUUGAUGAAUCCAAUCCGUUUUACGAGCCGAGAUCGUCGAGCCCCACGCGGGGGCCGGCUGGCGGCCCCUGUUCUGAUGUGGACGGCGGCCAGAAGAGGAGGGCCCCUCUGCCUCCCAGUCCCAGCGUCGGCGUGGGCGCGAGUCCGUCACACACCGCUGGCUCAGACAGGGACAGACCGCAGCCUGUCGGGCCCAGCCCAGUGGCAGCGUUGGUGGGGAGAGAGCUGGCCACCUCUUCCCCAAAACUCAGCCCCGUCCCCAGCCCGGUCCUGGGAGGGAAACCCAACGCCAGCCAGUCCCUGCUGGUGUGGUGCCGCGAGGUAACCAAGAACUACCGCGGGGUGAAGAUCACCAACUUCACCACCUCCUGGAGGAACGGCCUGGCUUUCUGUGCCCUCCUGAACCAUUUCAGACCCGAAACAAUAGACUACAAGUCACUCAAUCCUCAGGAUAUUAAAGAAAACAACAAAAAGGCGUAUGAUGGCUUUGCCAGCCUGGGCAUCUCUCGUCUCCUGGAACCAUCGGACAUGGUGUUGCUGGCCAUUCCCGACAAGCUGACGGUGAUGACCUACCUGUACCAGAUCCGGGCUCACUUCUCUGGCGAGGAGCUCAACGUGGUGCAGAUCGAGGCCAACAGCAGCCGCAGCACCUAUAAAGUUGGUGACUUUGAAACUGACACUAACGCCUCCAUUGACCAGGACAAGUUUUACGCCGAAUUGAACGACGUGCCGCACUUGCAGGCUAACUCUCAGCCCGGCACAUCUGCUAGCGGUGUUCCUGCUGAAUCUAACGGCGCCGAGGCUCCCGAGGAGGAUUUGACAGAGCCGCAGGUUGGAGUAAAUUCAACCAUCUUGCCGACAGCAGGUCCUUUGCAAUCCUCACCUCCUGUCCCGUCGCCACGCACAGUAUUACCUGCCACAGCUACAAACUCAACUCACCUGACACAGUCGGGCUCCGAGGACAGGGGGAGUAUCUUUAAAGCUAACACUUUAGACCUUAGCCAGUUACCACAGAGGGUAGAGAAAGAGACGGAAAAACAACACAAGGAGGAGGUGGGCAAGGAUAGAGUGGAGGGGGAUGCCAAACUAGCCUCCCCAACCAGAACCCCCUCUUCACACUCACCACCUCACCAGAAACUGGGCUUUUCCUACAACCGGGAUGCUGACCUCAUUAAGAAGAAGAGAGCCAGUCUGCGUCACUCGGAGUCGGAGCCCGUCUCUGACUCUGCAUCGUCUCCUGUCAAUCACACAGACGUCCCCAUCAAGCAGGAGCCAUCACCUUCAUCUGUAUCCAGUCCUCCUGCUGAGAAGAGGGUACUGUCCCGUCAGGAGGAGCUGAAGGAGAGAGCCAGGCUUCUCCUGGAGCAGGCCCGCAGAGACGCUGCCAUGAAAGCCAGCAACAAGAAUGCUCCCAACUCGGCCUUUCCUGCACCGACCAGGCCGGCAACCGUCAACGACGAGCAGGAUGCAGAGCGGCGGAGACAACUACGAGAGAGAGCCAGGCAGCUGAUAGCUGAAGCUCGAUCCGGAGUCAAAAUGUCUGACAUGAGCCUUCUGGACCCGACCAGCUCUGACAGAAGCAAAGGCAGCAGAGUCGGACCUGCGGGAGUCUCCUUGUCUAACUUUGCACCCACAGAUGUUUUGGACAGGGUGAACAGUCAUGAGGAGGAGGAUGUUGAUGGUGAAAAGUGGGAAGAUGAGGAGAAUGAUAGGGCAGAGGAAGAGCAGCUCCACUGUGGUGGAGGUGUUGGUGGAGGGGAUGCUGCUGAAUCUGUUGGUGCUGGCACGUCCACAUCUGCACUGGUUACUAACCCACAGCCACUGGACGCCGUUCCCACCACGUCCAGCACCCAGGGGGCCCUGGAGCUUACUAACCCCGGCUCUGAGCUAACGUCUCCGGGUCCAAACAGUAAACAUGUGGAUCUAAAGCUCAAGAAGUUGGUGGAGGCCGGCCCGAGAGGAGUGACAUCCCCGACAUCUCCUUCCUCCACCUCCUCCUCCUCCUCUUCACCCACUGCCUCCUCCACCUCCCCACUCAGCCCCGUGGAAGGACUGGAGAAUAACGCAGAAGAGUUGCGAGCAGAGCGACUGCGGAGAGCCACUGAAAAGCUGCGGAGCCCGGUAGUCUUCAACAAGGAGCCGGCGGUCAGGAAAACACAGCUGAAGUCCUUCAGUCAAUAUGUUGAAAGCAGACCAGAGGUGAAGCGACACAAGUCUGUUCCUGAAGACCUGAGGAGGGCGGAGGAGGACCGGGGUUCACCAACAGAGAUCGACAUCCGUAGUCCCUUUGAAGAGAAGGCGUUCAAAGACACCAGUCAGUAUGUGGUUGGGGAGCUGUCUGCACUGGAGAGCGAGCAGAGGCACAUAGACGCCCGAGCAGCUCGCGUGGAGAAGAGGCUGCGCUAUCUCAUGGACACAGGCAACAACAAGGAGGAGGAGGAGGCCAUGAUGCAGGAGUGGUUCAUGCUGGUCAACAAGAAGAACGCCCUCAUCCGGAGACAGAACCAGCUCUCGCUGCUGGAGAAAGAGCACGAUCUGGAGAGACGAUUUGAACUGCUGAACAGAGAGCUGAGAGCCAUGCUGGCCAUUGAGGACUGGCAGAAGACCGAGGCGCAGAAGAGACGAGAGCAGCUGCUGCUGGAUGAGCUGGUCAUACUGGUCAACAAGCGGGACGCGCUGGUCCGGGACCUGGACGCCCAGGAGAAACAGGCCGAGGAGGAGGACGAGCACCUGGAGAGGACGCUGGAGCAGAACAAAGGCAAGAUGGCCAAGAAAGAGGAGAAGUGUGUCCUUCAGUGAGCGCCAGGAAACACAACCAACAAAUGUAGCCGAUAAAAGAAAUGUAUCGUCGUCAUUAUUCAGAUUUUUAUUAUAUUAUUGUUAUUAUUUGACAGUGGAUUUUGAAACAUUUUUACUUGUUUUUGAAUCCAGACAAGGUUCAUGUUCUGGUCAGUUUAACUGCAGAAGCUCCAACUUUGUACUGACUCACUGUCACACUUUGAUAUUUCUAAAUCCUAAUUAUCCUUUACUUUGCUGAGAAUGGUACCUGUAAGUAAUAUAAAUACACUACACGUGACGAGGAACGUGCAAACUUUGAGGCUGGUGUUGGCGCUGCUGCAGCAGCUCUGGCACCAGUCGGUGGGAGGUACAGCACAACUGGUUCAUGGGAGGAUUUUACCUUUUUUAUGUUUAAAGGAUGAAGAGUUUCAAUUAAAAAAAAAAACAAAACAAACAGUUAAUGUCUUUUCAAGCUACUUCAUAACUUGACUGUAUCUUUUAAUCAUUUCACUUUUUACUUGUAAAUUAUCGUAACUUCAUUACUGUUCAUAAAUCUUGCAUAAAAAAUUUUCCUAUUGCAUUUUUUUAAUGUCUUGGCUUGAAAGCAGUUUACCAAAAUAAAAGAGAAAGAAAAGCAUAUAAAAGACAAAAACACACAGUUGUAUAUUUCAGUUUCUGCUCUGAACAAUAGUUUCCGAAAACCUUUUGUCUGUAUGUCAGCAGUCAAACGAUUAUGUACAUUAUUUAUUUCCGUUUGUGUUUAAGCUGCUUAUGAGUGGAAUUACCUUCACGUUUCAUGUUCAUGUUGCUCAACAGCGUUUGGUUUCUAUUUAUUGUUCUCAGAAGAGGAGACAGAUGCUUCCACAUACAUCUCGUAGUGUUCCACAUCUGGUGCAGCUGUCCUCCAUGUGUGAACAUUUACCUAAUUAUUUAUUCCAGUGUCAUAACCCAAGUCUUCAAUAAUAAAGUCCUUAUGAUUUCAUA